CAGACAGUCAGAAGAGGAGGUGGGCUCUUCCGGGCGCCACGCUCCAGGUUUGGUUCUGCUGCUAGUAGUUCGGUCGCUCUGCAGGAAGCUGUGAGGGGCCCGCGGGCGAGCUUGGAAGCCUAGAUAUGGAUGUAAUGACCUAUGACGAUGUGCACAUAAACUUCACUCUGGAAGAGUGGGCUUUGCUGGAUCCUUCUCAGAAGAGUCUCUACAAAGAUGUGAUGCUGGAGACCUACAGGAACCUCACAGCUAUAGGUUUCAAAAGAGGAGACCACAAUGUUGAAGAACAUUGUCAAAAUUCUAGAAUACAUGGAAGGCAUGAAAGAACUCAUACCGGAGAGAAACUCUGUGAAUAUACUCAGUGUCGUAAAGCCUUUGCACGUACCAGCCAUCUUCAAAGGCAUGAAGGAAUUCAUACUGCAGAGAAACCAGACAAAUAUAACGAAUGUGGUAGAGCCUUUGCACAACAGAGUCAUCUCCAGAUACAUAAAAGAACACAUGCUGGGGAGAAACCCUUUGAAUGUAAUCAGUGUGGUAAAGCCUUUGCGUGCCACAGUAAUCUCCAACAGCAUAAAAGAACGCAUGCUGGAGAGAACCCCUAUGAAUGUGGUCAGUGUGGUAAAGCCUUUGCACAUCACAGCACUCUUCAAAAGCAUGAAGGAAUUCAUACUGGAGAGAAACCCUAUGAAUGCAAUCAGUGUGGGAAAGCCUUUGCACAACAGAGCAAUCUCCAAAUUCAUAAAAGAACACACACUGGAGAGAAACCUUAUGAAUGUAGUCAAUGUGGUAAAGCCUUUGCACGUCAUAGCAAUCUCCAGCAACAUAAAAAAACACAUAUUGGAGAGAAACCCUAUGAAUGUAAUCAAUGUGGUAAAGCCUUUUCACAACAGGGUAAUCUCCAAAUUCAUAAAAGAACUCACACUGGAGAGAAACCGUAUGAAUGUUAUCAGUGUGGUAAAACUUUUGCGCUUCUCUGUUCUCUUCAAAGGCAUGUAAGAAUUCACACUGGAGAGAAACCCUAUGAAUGCCAUCAAUGUGGUAAAGCCUUUGCAUGUUACAGCAAUCUGCAACAACAUAAAAAAACACAUACUGGAGAGAAACCCUAUGAAUGUAGUCAUUGUGGUAAAGGCUUUAUAUGUCACAGUAUUCUUCAAAGGCAUGAAAAAAUUCAUACUGGACAGAAACCCUAUGAAUGUAAUCAGUGUGGUAAAGCCUUUUCACAACAGAGCAGUCUCCAAAUUCAUAAAAGAACACAUACCGGAGAGAAACCCUAUACAUGUUAUCAAUGUGGUAAAACCUUUGCAGUUCCCUGUACUCUUCAAAGGCAUGAAAGAAUUCACACUGGAGAGAAACCUUAUGAAUGUGGUCAGUGUGGUAAAGCCUUUGCACGUCACAGUACUCUUCAAAGGCAUGAAAGAAUCCAUACUGGAGAGAAACACUAUGAGUGUAAUCAGUGUGGUAAAACCUUUGCAUGUAACAGCAAUCUCCACCAACAUAAAAGAACACAUACUGGAGAGAAACCCUAUGAAUGUAAUCAGUGUUGUAAAGUCUUUUCACAACAGAGCAAUCUCCAGAUACAUAAAAGAGCACACACUGGAAAGAAGCUCUAUGAAUGUAGCGAAUGUGGCAAAACCUUUGCAUAUCAGUGUACUCUUCAGAAACAUGAAAGAAUUCAUACUGGAGAGAAACCCUAUGGAUGUAAUGAAUGUGAUAAAGCCUUUUCACAACAGAGCAAUCUCCAAAUACAUAGAAGAGCACACACUGGAGAGAAACCAUAUGAAUGUAGUCAAUGUGGUAAAGCCUUUACAUGCACCAGUAAUCUUCAAAGGCAUGAGAGAAUUCAUUCUGGACAGAAGCCCUAUGAAUGUAGUCAAUGUGGUAAAGCCUUUUCACAACAGUGUCAUCUUCAGAGGCAUGAGAGAAUUCAUUCUGGACGGAAGCCCUAUGAGUGUAAUUAGUGUGGCAAAGCCUUCCCAUGUACCAACAAUCUCCAACAACAUGAAAAAA